AUGUCGUCAAGAUGUUCUUGCGCGCGGCUGGCGCGGCUCCCGACGUCAAUCGCCCCCAGACCUGCCAACAUCAACAUCACACGACCCUUCUCGACCACGACGGCGAAGCUCAACGUGCCCCCCGAACACCCGGAAUGGAUCAAGGUCCCCACGCCGCCCCAGUCACAGGCCUCUGAGGAGAAGCCCCCGAUCGUAAAGGGAACCCUCCCCACGCCCCGCGACGUCUUCCCAGAAAAGGAGAAGGACCGCAAGGUCCAACCGGAGUACCUCCUCGAGACGGCCCCGGCACCCACCAGCGAAGCCUCCAAGAAGCCCGCCGCGCCCGGCUCCCGCCUCGAGCACCGCCGCCGCAUGGCCGAGUCCCGCCGCGAGAACCUCGGCAUCGCUCUCCAGGGCCUCUACCAGCGCAAGCAGGAGGGCGUCGAGGCCGUCACCACCGAGAGGCAGCGCCGCCUCCGCGAGCACCAGCGCGCCGCCGUCGCCCCCGAGCGCCUGGAUGACCGCCUCACCCGCAGCUCCGUCCUCUCCUCCCUGGCAAAGACGGCCGCCGUCGCGCCCGAUCCGCGACGCUACGCUCUCGCGACGGCCAGCAAGGCAAGGACAGCUCAGCUCGCGAAGCAGAAGAGCGAGGCGAGACAGGACGCGCUGAUGGAGCUAUACAUCAACGCGUCCAAGUUCAUCGUGACCGAGGAGGAGCUGGGCAAGCACCUGGACCAGCUCUUCGCCGAGGACUUCUGGAAGCGCCAGGGCAAGUCCCAGGCCCACGACGCCGACAACGCCUGGGAUGUUUGGGGACAGCCGCCGACGGUGUCAUCCAUGCUAGACGACAUGCUGAGGAAGCAGCAGCGGGCCAUCGACUACCAGAUGAGCGAGCAGGACAGGACUGUCAAGAGGCAGAAGUCGAUCGCCGAGGAGCUGACGGGCGGCAAGAUGGAGUAA